CAUAUACUGAAUGGAUCAGUAAGAACUCAUACAGGGUUGUGUGCAUCUAUAUGAACAAUUUGUGGUGCUUUUUUCAGUUGGCAGAUAGUGCCGUUGAUCAAAUUCAAUUGCAAAUUUUGCUGCAACCACUACAGGCAAAUUUUCACAAUAGGAAAUGGAGUGGAUGGAUCCUAUUUCUGUGCUGUUCCUAUAUGCUCUUGCAGUUGCAUUCCUUUGGAAAAUGAACAAUUUCUGGAAUAACAGUCAUCAAAAUCUUCCACCAGGACCAAAGCCUUUACCACUAAUUGGAAACCUCCACAUAAUGGAUGUGAAGAGGCCUUACAGAACCAUGUUAAAGCUUUCUAAACAGUAUGGCCCAGUAUUCAGCUUACAAUUGGGGUUCCAGAAAAUGGUAGUUCUGUCGGGCUACGAGACUGUAAAGGAGGCUUUGGUGAAACAGGCAAAUGCAUUUGUGGAGAGGCCCCUGGUCCCAAUACUUGAAGAGUUUCAAUAUGGAAAUGGAGUCCUUUUUUCUCAUGGUGAGAACUGGAAAGUAAUGCGGCGGUUUGCGCUAACCACAUUAAGGGACUAUGGAAUGGGCAGGAGGACCAUAGAGGACCGAAUUGUCGAAGAGUGCCGUUUCCUAAAACAGAAGUUUGAAUCUUUUGAAGGAAAACCAUUCGAGAAUACUAUGAUCAUGAACGCUGCUGUUGCCAACAUUGUCGUGUCCAUAUUGCUUGGCAACCGAUUUGAAUACGAAAAUCCCGCAUUUCAGAAACUACUGAAAUUGGUCAAUGAAGUCUUCCGGCUUCUCGGAAGUCCCUCAGUCACGCUAUACAAUAUGUUUCCUGCACUGGGCUUUCUUUCUGGUGGUCGCAGAACUAUCCAUAAUAACAGGACAGAGUUGUACAACUUUCUACAGCAAGUCUUCAAUGACCACCUUAAGACACUGGAUGUGGAUAAUCAGAGGAACUUUAUUGAUACUUUUCUAACCCGAGAGCAAAAGGAGAAGAACGAGAAUAAGACUAAUGGAUUUUUCCAUGAUGGAAACCUAAAGGCUGUUGUGGGUGACAUAUUCAGUGCAGGCUCGGAGACCACUUCGAGUACCUUGCGUUGGGGCUUCUUGCUGAUGAUGAAGUACCCAGAAAUCCAGAAAAAAGUGCAAGAAGAAAUAACAAAGGUAAUUGGGUCUGCUGAGCCACGGAUUGAACACCGAGCCAAACUGCCAUACACCGAUGCAGUGGUUCAUGAAGUUCAGAGGUUUGCUAAUAUUCUCCCUAUGAGCUUGUCACGUGCCACCAUAGUGGACGUCACUCUUGGAGGCUACUUCAUUCCAAAGGGAACUCAUAUUGUUCCAUUAGUGUACUCUGUGCUGUAUGAUGAAACUCAGUGGGAAAAACCUUAUAAAUUCUAUCCUGAGCACUUCCUUGAUUCUGAAGGAAAGUUCGUAAAGAGAGAUGCCUUCAUUCCAUUUGGUGCAGGUCGGCGAGUAUGUGCAGGUGAGACCCUUGCCAGAAUGGAGCUCUUCCUGUUCUUUGUAAGUCUCCUGCAGAGAUUCACUUUCCAGCCAGCCCCUGGGAUAUCAAAAGAAGACCUAAACUUUACCCCUGCUGUUGGGUUUACUGCGCCUCCAACACCCUACUAUUUCUGUGCUUUGCCAUGUGCACAAGACUGAUGCUCCUAUCUUACUUAGCUGCCACAACUGACCCUCUUGUUACAUAGCACAACACCAGCCUUUCCUGCCUGCCAUUUUAGAGCAGUAGAACUCUGACAAAAUUGUUCCAUGUUUUGUCACAAAUACACAACUUCUGACCCCAGCCACUGAGAAUCAAGCCUAUGCUUGUGUUCACAGUCUCAGUCCCCUCAACAGCCCAGCCCCAGUCUGGCUUCUGUUUCUUGGUCUCACUAAGCUGUGACUGAAUAGAGGAAGGAACUGAUUUAUGGAAGAGUUCCUAGCACAGACAGUGGAUAUGUUAUUAUGUGCUACUAUGUAUGAAUAAGAUUUCAGUGGCACCAUGGAGGCCAACAUGAUUUUCAGAGGGUAAGCUUUUGAGAGUCAGAGCUCCCUUCUCUCUGUCUGAGUAAAGUAAAAUCUUAUUGGCCUCUAAGCUGCCACUGGACUGAAAUCCUACAAUUCUACUGCAGACCAACAUGGCUACCCACCUAAAACUAUGUAGUUUUGUUAAUUGGGAUUAUUCUUUCCAUCCUCCAAAACACAAAAGAACCUGGCACAAUUUCAGAUUCUUUUGUUACAUAUGAAAAAAAUCAAAGAUCUGACUCUACAACUGGACAAUAAGUUCUUGCCCUACGUUGGUAAGAAUCUAAAAAGGAACAGCUGAGGUCCUGCUGUGAGGUUUUUCACUUCCACAUAGAUGGAGAACAUUUUUGAUCUUCCUUUUACAUACUAUGAGUUGUAGACAGGUUUUCAACAAUAUCAACACAUCAAGAUGUUCAGAAUCACUGAAUAUCACUGAAUCACUGAAUGACUGUAUGGUUAUCCAUUUGGGGAGUGGGGUAUAAUUUAAGCUGCUAUCUCAAAUAAUUAAACCCUCUUUGUCAGACAGCAUGGGAUGUAAAAGGACAGUUAUGGUCUAUGGAUAAUUAUUGAUGUAUAUAUGAUAAUGAAACUAAAAUUUAUCUAAGAACUUUACCUUUAAGAAUUGAGAGAACUAUUAGAAUAGAAGGAAUAUGAUGAGAUUUAAAAAGGUUUUAGUGCUUUUGGGGGUCUAGGGAGAAAGGGGGAGGGAGGGUGGGGAAUGUUUAUUUUAACCAAUCAAUGUAUGGAAUAAGAUUGGUAGACGAUAAA